AUGGAUGAUCACAACCCCCGUAAGCGUCGCCGCCUUGACGCUGCUGCUACACUCUCGAAGCCAUUCAAGUCACCACUACGCAGAUCCAUCUCCACACAAGCUAGUCUGCCAACUUUGACGUCAGACCCGGCCACCCAGAACGCAACCCAACCAGCCUCUCCAGUCCAGACCAAUCACAUUCAAGAGAAAGCUGCAACUACGCCGAAAUUCUCACCAGUUGUUCGUCGCCAAAUCCCAGGAUCCAUUGGCCUGACAACACCAACGCGAUCUUCCGCCGACCCAGAGCUGUUAGACUUACAGAAGCAACAACUCUCUCUCCAAUCACGAAUCACCGCUCUACGCACUGACCGAGACACGAUCCACCAAGCACUUCGAAUUGAAUCGUCCAACAAAGAUUUAGAGCUCGAAGCCUUGAUCAUCAAAUGGCGCCGUGCUGGCCAAGACGCUGCUGAGGAAGUUUUCUCCAAUGCUCAAGAGCGCGUGACCAGGAUGGGUGGAAUAGCGGCUUGGAUGGAGCGCAGCAAACGCGAUGCUAUGCGAUGGGACGAUGAGGAGCCGCAGGCUCAUAAUCAGAAGAGUGAUUCAAGUCGUCAAGAAGACACGUCAGACGAGGAAUUCACGAUGGGAUUUAUGCUCAAGACUCUCAACAUCGAGCCCAAGACGAUCGGGUACGAUCCCAUGAUGGACUUCUCCCCCGCACUCGCCUUCUCCAACUCCCGCAUGUCGCGCCCUUUGAAACAAAGAGAAAUCGCUUGCGCUCGCUGUUUCCGUUUAAAGCGGAAAUGCGACCAUGCCAAACCUACCUGUGGUGAAUGCCGCCGUAAAGGCGCGGAAUGUUUACCGGCCCGGUCUCGGCGGUCCGGGGAUAACAUUACAGUUCCACUGGCCUACUUGAAGGAACUGGAGAGAACAGUGGCCGAGCUCGAGGGUCAUUCUCGAACGGCUGGCACGACGAUUGAAUUGCGAGAUGUCGGUGUCCAGACAGACCCAGUUGCAGUGGAUACAUCUGCCACUCCGUGCCGACCAUGGGCAAGCCGAGAGAAAUCACUAAUCUGGAAACCGGACUUGAUGCCGGAUGACAGCACACUGGUAUUAUUUGCUACACAGUCUCAAGACCGAAUAUCCAGACCUCCUUCACAGCUUUCAUUUACGGACACGUUCUCCUUGAACGAAGAAACCCUGGAUUUCCUCCGCCUUGAUAAGAGCCCAGUUUAUCCAUUGAUCGGUGACGACUCCCCGUGGCUGACCGAGCUCUAUACGAACAUUUAUUUCUCAAUAUCUCAUCGCGAGUGGCCCUUUUUGAAUGAAAACACCUGGAGAUCCUGGCAGAAGGACGAUUAUUCAGGCGGACGAGAAGAAUGGCGGACUUUCUUCCUGCGCAUGGUCUAUGCCAUUGGCGCGUCAUUGUGUAGCAUCAUGCGGCGAGACCCUGCACAUUCGAUUCGAUCCAAAGAGCUCUACGCAUCGGCCAUGAAUUACUACCCACAUGUCGUGGGACAUCCAUCGAUGGUUCUGCAUGUUCAAGCCUCACUGCUUCUGAUCGUCUACGCAUUGCACUCUCCAUCCUCAAAUGAGAUCGCUACAAGUGUAGCUUCCAUUGUGCCAUUCUGUACAGCAGCAAUGACGGAGAUUCGGAAGUACGCACGAGCCAACCCCAAUGGAGAGGUGACUGCCGCCUCGGGGGAGGUCUUGACAGAGAACAUGUUCAUUGCUUGCUAUAUGUUGAAUGUCAUCAUUGCGUCCGGGUGGGAUAGGCCUGUUUCUGAUGCAUACAAAGCGGUGGAAGAUGAUGUGAGUACUCCUGGGCAUUCUUCUUCUCCCACCUUUCCACCAACAUUUCUGGGACUUGAAUUGACGCGCAUUAGAUGUGUACCCUGGGAGACAUCAUUCAACCCCCCUGUCAAUACAAACCCUGCACUAAGCCAUCUUUUCCGGUUGCGAAAGAUACAAGCGAAUAUAAGAAGGUCGCUAGAAAGGUCUCGGUGGCAAAUUACUGAAGAGCAAGACGCUUUCAGCUCUUCUCUCAAGUCGGCUCUUGAUGUAUGGAGACAAGACAUUCCUCGGUAUGGAAUGACAGAUGUUUCAUGCGGCUACUACCAUCCUAAUUGGAUGGCAAAAUUAUAUGACUACAGUAUCUUGAUCCUGCUGGAAGAUAAACACAACUUCCUGGAUCAUGAAGGAACAGAAGAGAUUUUUGCCGCCGUAGUGGAGGUGUGUGUUAAGUACCGUCGUUUGCAGGAGGAAGGACAUGUCUUAUGUUUUACGUGGUCAGCUCUCGUGUAUCAAUUUCGUGCCGGCAUCAUGCUUCUUUAUCUGAUAUGGGCGACAAGACCAAUAGCAGACAAUUCAUACCUGCAACAAAACCAAUCCUAUAACUCUCCCGAGGCCAUUGAAGCCUGUACAAAAAGCCUAGCUUGCUUUACUGACGAAUGGAGUGAUGCCCUUCCAUAUUUGAAGGUAUUCGAAUUCUUACAACACAGAAUUCUAUGGGAUUCAGAUGCAAUUGCCCCAGGGGCAGGCACCCUAAGCCUGGAGGAGGCUGAAGUCUACCUCGAGCGACUCAAGCGAACCUAUCUUCAUAGAGCCAUCCUGGGCAUGAUUGAGGAUAUGAUGUAUGGUGGAGCUGUGCGAUAUGAGACGCUAGCUGAUGACCUAAUGACGGGAAUAUAG